ACAAGCACUGCUCGGCAUAUUAAUGGUGACGGUGAUGCGAGCGUUGCCAUUGCGAGUGCUACUAACACACGCGCGUCAUGUUCGAAAAUGUGCUGUAAUUCCCAUAAAAGUAAAUGACAGUGACAGAUAUCAAUCAGUCAAUAUCUGAUAGCACGCGUACAUGGCAAUAAAUUUAUUAACCUGUUUAUGAAGGAAAUGCGACCCUAUAAAUAAAGUUAUAAGCAACUGAGAACGUGUGUGUGUGCGUGUGUGCAACGAAAGCGAAAGGCAAGCGGGAGAAAACGCGAGUAAAUAAAUAUAAGUAAGAAAAUAAUAAAAUGAAAUCGCGAAUGGUGGCAAAAUUGCUCGCGGCGAUUGCACUGAUUUCCAUGAAGGCCGGCGCUAGCGUCAGCACCAGCGUUGCUGUCAUUUCCAUAGGUCAGGAUGCAGCCAACUUGAAUGCACAAUACUGCAACAGCUCGACGCAUUCCCACAUGUGGGGCGAUGUGGAUCCCAACAUAUUCUACAUUUGCGAUGAAGUGAGUAGCACAGCGCGCAAAUUGCGUUGUCCGAUGGGACGUGGUUUUUUCAAGGGACACGGCUACUAUGGCUGCAUACCGUACAAUGAGUGGCCAGCCUGCAUCGACAACAGUACUCGCAGCGAUGCAGCAGGCAGCAAUGCCACGGCGCAGGUGUGCAGUGACGAGGAAUACUUACAACAAACAUGGACGGCAGUGGAUCCGAAUAAAUUUUAUAUUUGCCAGGAAGAGAAUAAUGCACCGCAGUUGAUGAACUGUGAACCGGGCAAAGGGUAUGUCAGCACCUGGACGAAUGGCGGGCAUGACAGUAUUCAUAUUGUGGGCUGUGCUGCGUGGGAGAAAUGGCGAAUGUAUAUGCAUUGUGAGGGUUUUUAUUGAGAUGUACGCUAAUUGAGGGUUAAAAAAGACACAUAAAAAAAAAAUUAAAUAUUUUAGCCGAAUAUCUGAACAAUGUGUAUUUUAUAUGUAUGUACUCGUAUGUGUUGUUAUAAAUGGAGUCUGUGCUGAGAAGCGAAUGCUGCCGCCACCCAUUGCAUGAUUCAUCUGAUGGUGUUGUGCAAAACAUUUCUUUCCUAUGCACACAUACAUGCAUAAAUAUGUAUACAUACACAUGUUUGUUUAUUUUGUGUUAUUGUUUGCGAUAUUCGAUAAACAAGUUUUGCAAUUCCCGGUGAAAACUGUGUUGUGCCAGCAAAACUGGUUGGGUAAAAAUAAACAAAUUUAAUUAAGUAAAAAUAGCAUUGAUAAGUUCCCAUUUUUUUUUCGACUGUUAUUGCCGAUAAGAUAGCGAGGCAAUAAAUUGAAUUGAAAAAAUCUGAGCAUAGUUUCUGGCUAAUGAAUAAAUUGAUUGAAAUUGUAGCGGGCCAUGAAAUUUGAGUUCGAUAACAAUUAUGAGUUUCUGCUGGCGGCGUUUUACAGAAAUAAAAAAAAAGAUAAUAGGAAAUAAUGAAAGUGGGGUAAAAAAUUUGAAUAUAUGGAAUAUUGUUACUCUUUAUGGUUGAGAGUAAUAAAAUAAAUUUGAUGAAUAUUAAUAUACAUAUGUAGCUGAAUUGUUUGUAUAUGAGAAAUAAUUCUUUUUAUGAAAUACUUGAAAAAUAUUUUUAGUAGAAGAGUAAGCUAAUUUGCGAUUAGUGCGCAAUAAAAAAUAAUUAAGUCAAUUAAAUAACCAAAUUCAAUUAUAUAUUUAAGAAAAUUGUAAUGAAUUUAAAAAAUAAUACUACAAUAAUUCGAGACAUUAAAAGCUGAAACGAGGCUCAAGUAAUGGUGUUGGUAGUUGAUUAAUUUUGCGGCCGCCGUAGCCGAAUGGGUUGGUGCAUGACUACCAUUCGGAAUCCACAGAGAGAACGUAGGUUCGAAUCUCGGUGAAAUACCAAAAUUAAGAAAAAGUUUUUUCUAAUAGCGGUCGCCACUCGGCAGGCAAUGGCAAACCUCCGAGUGUAUUUCUGCCAUGAAAAAGCUCCUCAUAAAUAAAUUUGCCGUCCGGAGUCUGCUUGAAACUGUAGGCCCAUCCAUUUGCGGAACCACAUCAAGACCCACGCCACAAAUAGG